AUGUUGGUGUUAUUGGGGAAGGAAUCGCAGGCGGACAUUAUAGCUGGCCUAUUUUAUUGCUUCCAAUCUGUUCUCAGAGCGCGCCUAACUUCUAGUAAGCUAUUUUUUGAUAUUUAUAUCCAUAUAUUUAAGGCUGCAAUCAACGGCACUAUGAAUUUCUUCCGCCUCUCCCUGUUCAGACUCUACUGUGUAGACAUGCCACGCUUCAUAUAA